UCCAAAAAAAAAAAAACUAAAGAACAUUCACAUCCGCACUAUUCCACUCGCCCCUUCCAUGGCUUCUUCCUCCGCCUCCUCGUCGGCGGCCGCUGCAGCGUACCCCAGGAGCCUUUCCCUUCUGCGGCGGCGGCUCGGCUUCCUGGCUCUCCUCCUCAUCCUCCUCUGCUUCCUCUCGUUCCAGGUCGUGAUCCAUGUGCCCUCCGCCAGAUCGGCUGUGUCCCAGUGGCUCUUCUCCGAUCACCGAACCGAGCGUGAGGGCCCCGGGAACUGCCCUGGAUGCGGCAACUUACAGGAUGUGGAUAAUGCCGAUAAGACGGUCGCAUACACCGACCAGCACGGCCAGAUCAAGCUGUUCAAAGUUACUGCCAGAGAAUUCGCAUCGUCCUCUAUCUGGGAGAACCAUUGGUUGCCGAAAGAUAGCCAGCCGAUAGCCAGAACCCAAGAGGCUGCUGAGGAGCUUCUACUAGCCACCAGAUCGGUAUCCACCAAUCUUUCAAGUGCAGAAACUCUGGCAAACAAAGGCAUUUAUCCAAUUAAAUUAAAGCGACAGGUAUUUCGGCGUAAAAGAAAGGAGCAACGGAUUCAGGACCUGCUUCAGAUGGACAAAGAGCUUGAGCUCCAAAUGCGAACUGCAGCGACAAACAACUCAAGAAACUUUGAUAAUAAAGUAAGAGGCAGCUACAACAUAUGGAGGCAGGAGUUCCACCAUAUUAAUACGGAUUCAACCCUGAGGCUCAUGAUAGAUCAGAUAAUAAUGGCCAAGAUAUAUGCCGCCAUUGCGCUCUCCCAGAAGGAAACUGACCUGUAUGCCUCACUCAUGAAGUGCAUAAAAGAAAGCCAAACAUCUAUCGGGGAUUCACACAUGGAUAACGAGCUCGAUUCGAGUGCCUUAGAGGGAGCAAAAGCAAUGGGGCAUGUGCUGUCUUCAGCUAGAUAUGUUCUGUACAGCUCUGGUGAAGUAUCAAGAAAAUUGCGUGUUAUGCUGCAGUCUACGGAACUGAAUAUCGAUGCGGUAAAGAAACAGAAUACAUUCCUGGUUCAGCAUGCUGCAAAGACGGUCCCCAUGCCCUUGCACUGCCUACAUUUGCAGCUGACAACCAAUUAUUAUUUUCGUGAUGGUGUGAUCAAGGAGCAUUUUCAUGAUGCUGCUUUGAAGGAAGAAGAACAUAAAGCAAAGCUUGAGGAUCGGUCACUCUAUCACUAUGCUAUAUUUUCUGAUAAUGUGCUUGCAGCCUCAGUAGUUGUCAGAUCAACUGUGACAAAUGCCAACAAACCAGAGAAGCAUGUGUUCCAUAUUGUCACCGAUAGACUUAAUUUUGCAGCUAUGAAGAUGUGGUUUAUCAGUCAUCCUCCUCAACUAGCUACUGUCCAUGUGGAGAACAUAGACAAUUUCAAGUGGCUCAAUUCGUCAUACUGUUCUGUUUUGCGACAACUUGAGUCAGCUCGGCUGAAAGAAUAUUACUUCAAAGCACAUGACCCGUCAUCACUCUCCGAUGGAAAUGAGAACCUGAAGUACAGGAACCCCAAAUAUUUGUCUAUGCUCAACCAUCUAAGGUUCUAUAUGCCAGAAAUACACCCCAAGCUUGACAAGAUACUGUUUCUUGAUGAUGAUGUUGUCGUGCAGAAGGAUUUGACACCCCUUUGGGAUGUCGAUCUUAAAGGGAUGGUAAAUGGUGCAGUUGAAACCUGCAAAGAGAGUUUCCAUCGCUUUGACACUUAUCUCAACUUUUCGCACCCAAAGAUCUUGGAGAACUUUGAUCCACGUGCUUGUGGAUGGGCAUUUGGAAUGAACAUGUUUGACCUGAAGGAGUGGAAGAAGCGAAACAUCACUGGAAUAUACCACUAUUGGCAAGAUUUGAAUGAGGAUCGCAAGCUGUGGAAGCUGGGUACCUUGCCUCCAGGACUAAUUACUUUCUACAACCUGACAUACCCAUUGAAUCGUACUUGGCAUGUCUUGGGUCUUGGCUAUGAUCCAGCUGUUGACCUUGCCGAGAUCGAGAAUGCUGCGGUAGUUCAUUACAAUGGAAAUUACAAGCCCUGGCUGGAUCUUGCCAUUUCCAAAUACAAACCAUACUGGUCCAAGUAUGUGGAUCUUGAUAACUCACAUGUUCAGCAUUGCUACACGAGCAAACAAUGAUGUGUAAUUCUUCAUCAAGUUUUGUUUUCUUCUUGGAGCAUAAGUUAUUCAUUAGGGAGUUAAUCAGA